AUGAGAGUAUCACAGCCCGUCUUCAUCCUUGCUCUCGCUGGGUUGUCAACUGCCACAAGCUAUGCUCUCAACCUCUCCAAUAAUGCGUGCGCUGCUCUCACAGUAGAAUUCCCUUCCGACGUCUCUUACCCCAACACAAUAUCCUACAAUGAAGCCAACAACUACUGGUCUCAUCUCCAAACAGAAGUUCAUCCUGAUUGCUUCGUCACUCCUCGAACUACGAAAGAUGUCUCAAAAGUGAUCAAGACUCUCACUUCUCUAGACGCACCUUUCUCAGUCAAAAGCGGCGGUCAUACUGCUUUUGCCGGAGGAUCCAAUGUCGCUGGUGGCGUCACUAUCGAUCUCCAGCAUCUCAAUAAGAUUACUGUUUCUAAAGAUCGCAAAACUGUUUCUGUUGGACCUGGAAACCGAUGGAUCAACGUCUCUGAGGCCCUUGACCCUCUCAAACUCGCUGUAGUAGGCGGGCGUGUGGCGAGUGUCGGUGUAGGCGGACUCAUUCUCGGCGGUGGCAUUUCAUACUUUUCAGGUUCCAAAGGUUGGGCUUGCGAUAACGUGCGCAAUUAUGAAGUUGUUAUCGCAUCUGGUGAUAUCGUCAACGCGUCACCAGACACUAACGCCGAUCUUUAUUGGGCUCUGCGAGGCGGUGGCGGUUCCAACUUUGGCAUCGUGACACGCUUUGACCUCGCUUCUUUUGAACAAGGUGAUUUGUGGUCUACUUCGCUCAUUCAUCCAGGCUCUCUCAACACGACAAUUAUACCACAUUUCCAGAACUUGACUGAGAAUGGUCUGCCGGAGGAUCCGAACGCACACAGCUUUUUUGUCCUGACAUAUCAGCCGCUCUUCGGAGGAUACAUCGCCCUCACAAGUCUUUAUCACUCUACAAUUCCUUCGCCAGCAAGAAGUAUACCUUCAGUGUUCUCCUCACUUACGGAUAUCCCUGGAGCUGUCUCGAAUGAGACAGUUGUAGCCAACAUCUCUACGCAUUCUAAACUUAUCGAUGUUCCCUACGGAUCGCGACAGACUUGGUGGGACGUCACAGUAUCGGCCAAAUCUGCCUCGUUCUUCACAGACAUUGUACCUCUAUUUGAGGCCCGCAAUGCUAAGCUCUUUGAGGCCGCCGGUGGAAGCAGCGUCGUUCCUUUCCUGGUUUUCCAACCUUUGUCGGUGAACAUUCUCCAAGCGAUGCAGAAGAAUGGUGGCAACGCGUUUGGUCUCGACCCAAAUAGCGGCCCCUUGAUGAUUGUACAGAUUUCUACGACUUGGGAGGAUCCUCAACUGGACAAGCUGGUGGAGGAUAGCUCACAAGAGUUCAUCAACGCAGUUAACAGCAUGGCAGCGGACCGUGGUCUGGACAAUGGGUUCGUCUACAUGAACUACGCAGGGAGCAAACAGCAGGUGCAGAAGCACUACAGCGAGGAGAGUCAACAGAGGCUAAAGAAGGUUGUUCAUGAGCGGGAUCCUGAAGGGAAGCUAGCACGUCUGUGGAGAGGCUACUUCAAAGUCUAG